UUUUAUUCAGCUGCAAACAAACAUUCAAGUACUGCAAAUAUAUAUAGAACAUAUGUGGGAAAUGCUUUUUAGAUCGAGUCCUCGAGUCGAUAACUGUCUAUUAGUUCUCGGUUUGUUUGUGUAAUUAAACAAAAUUUGUUGUGCGCAUGUAAAAAAAAUAUAAAGUUAUCCAAAUUAUCUGUGAACUCAAUAUGGCUCAGAUGACCGAGAAGAGGACCACGUCGGCACGAUCGGGAACGGCCGCCAAGGAGAACCACAGUUUGACGGGUCGGCACAACCAGAAUCAGAGCCUCCACAAUCAGGGUCACCAGCGCAGCGGCAAGGGCAUCGAGAUCCUCGACUUCCACGAGUCCUGGCUGGAGGAGGUGGAGCUUUACAAGGACAAGAUGGUCAUGUGCAAGAAGCUGGCCCACCACAAUCACGUUCCGGCCUCGACGCAACACUUUCAGCCACACCUUACAGCCCCGAUUCGAAAUCAGGGCCGAGCCAUCCCCUCCAGCACUCCACUGCAUCGCAGCGCAGCUGGUGGAGGAUCGACUUCAGCAUCCGUUUCCGCCUCCGCUCGCUCUUCGCCGCCCGGCCAAAAGCAAAGGUCCCCGCCAUCGCCGCGGAAACGCCUGACGCCGGAGAAAGCGGCCGCCCUGGGAGGUGGAGCAUCCAAGUCCGCCGCGCAGCGCAUUGUCAUCCGGGGAUCCCCGCCCAACAACUCGCCACCCAAGGUCGCCAUGACGCCCCCAAGUCCGACUCCCGUCGUGGCCAACAGCGUGCUCCAAUCGGAGCCAUACAAGAAAGUCCAGAUGCUAUUAAAGCGCGCGAGGGAGGAGGCCUUCGCCAAGCACUCGGUGGGCAGCUCAGGCGGCAAUGGCAACGGACCCAAGCGCUCCAGCCUCAGUCCGCCCAUCCAGGCCAAGGUCGCCCCCUCGAGCAUAUCCUGCUCGAGCACCCAGACCCUCAAGCCAUCGGCGCCCAGCAAGAUCGUGGUGAACUCGUUCCACGGCAGCAGCAUGCUGAGUGGCCAGCAGCAGCAGGAGGAGAAGAGCCGGCUGCUCACCCAGAACGGACUGACCAAGUCGGCGGUCAGCGCCUUGGAGACGAGCCUCUACGCCUCGCUCUACGCCCAUGGACCCCAGAACAGCCAGCAGCAGACCUACAGCCAGCGGAUUCCCGCCGGAGAUCAUGGCCUGCCGUAUGUGGGAGUCUCGCUGAACAAGGGAGCCGGACACGAUCACGACCGGAGGCACGAGGACGAUCCCUGUGCAGCCAUCGACGACAUUAAUAACUACGAUGAUUCGGACUCGGAGGAGGAGUACGUGGGCACGCCGUUUUUCCUGGAGGAGGACAACACGGAGACGCGCCAGAGCAAGCACACUCGCCUGCUGCCGGAGAAGACGCAGUCAAAGGAAUCCGUGGCCACCACAGACUCAGAGGCGUCGGUCUACUUCCGUCCGGAGGCUAUCCUCUCGCCCAGCCUUUUCCCGCAUGUUCCGCCGUACCUGAACUUUACGUCGCACGCGGACAAGGGUCCUCCCAUGCCGGCAGCCCUGCAUCGAGUGCUCAAAUGGAAGCUCAGUCCCGUGAUGCCCAAGAUUGUCAAGCGAGUGGUGCUCAAUUCGGGCUUCCGCAUCAUCAAGAACACCACCGAUUGGAUGGCCGUGUGGGAGAAGCACAUGAAGAGCCCUGGAUUCAGGACCAUUCGAUCGCACCAGAAGUACAACCACAUACCUGGAUCGUUCCGAAUUGGGCGGAAAGACACCAUGUGGCGCAGCAUCUACAACAAUAUGAAGAAAUUCGGCAAGAAAGAGUUUGGCUUUAUGCAAAAAUCCUACAUAAUGCCUGAUGAUCUGGAGAGCCUGCGCCAGGUGUGGCCUAAAAACGCCUCGAAGCUGACGAAAUGGAUUGUAAAGCCGCCGGCGAGUGCCAGAGGAACCGGAAUACGCAUCGUAAACAAGUGGAGCCAAUUUCCCAAGGACCGACCGCUGGUGGUGCAAAAAUACAUCGAACGCCCGCUGCUGAUCAACGACAACAAGUUCGACAUGCGCCUGUAUGUGGUGCUGACCUCGAUCAAUCCGCUCCGCAUCUAUAUGUACAAGGAUGGACUGGCGCGAUUCGCGUCCGUGAAGUACAGCUCGGAGCUGAGCAAUCUCGACGAGCGCUGCAUGCAUCUGACCAACUACAGCAUAAACAAGUUCUCGCAGAACUACGCGAAGAACGAGGACUUCAAUGCCUGCCAGGGUCACAAGUGGACGCUUCAGUCGCUGUGGUCCUGCCUGGAGAAUCGUGGCGUGAACACCAAGCGCUUGUGGGCCACCCUGCGGAAUCUGGUGAUCAAGGGUAUCGUGAGUGGAGAGUCGGGACUGAAUCGCAUGUACCGCCAGAAUGUGAACUUCCGCUACAAUUGCUUCGAGCUCUUCGGCUUUGAUGUGCUGUUGGAUGAGAAUCUAGUGCCCUGGCUGCUGGAGAUCAAUAUAUCGCCGUCGCUGCAUUCGGAACUGCCGUUGGAUCUGCACGUGAAGGGUCCGCUCAUCCAGGCCGUGCUGAAUACGGCUCUGUAUCAGGUACCGCCAAAGCUGAACGAGCGCCAGCAGACGGAGAUCCUGGAGGAGCUGAAUCUGGCCGGUCCGCUGUGCCAUGACAAGCGCAUCUUCACCACGUGUUUGACGGCGGAGGAGGUGCGCAAACACAACCAGUACACCAACCGGAGCAUCGAGUUCCGGGAGGAGUACGUGGACACCAUACUGGACAACCUGCUGCCCGACGAUGUGCGCUGCCUGAUCGUCGCCGAGGACGAGCUGGCCAGGUGCCAGCCGCUGGAGCGGAUCUUCCCCACUGCCGGCACCCAUGUCUACCUGCGAUAUGUGGAGAAUGCGCGGUACUACAAUCGCCUGCUGGACGCCUGGGAGACGAAGUACGCCAAGAACCGGGAGAUGGGCAUUGCCCUGCUGUCGCGCUACUGCCGGGACAAAUACCAUUUGCAGGUAUCGGACGCCGCCAUGGAGAAGGAACCAAAUGUUGCACUUACCGAGAUCGAUAUGUUGCACGUGCGAAAGGAUGAGGUCCUGGACGGUGCCACCACGCUGGCCUUGCUUAAGCCCGCUGCCGUGGACAGCUGCGAGGUGGUGGUGCCCAGUCCCGACGCCUGCAUCGAGAUUAAGUCUUGAAACCUCAGCUGAGAUCGGCCACAUCAAGCGAAUCUGCAAUCGCCACCGCAUAUCGAGAUCAUCAUCAAACGAGUCACUGCUUCCAUUUCCGUUUCCGUUCCCGGCACAAAGCAGCGCCCGCAUCCCGUUCAAAUUCACUUUGGAAUUGUCUCCACCCAAUAAAGUUACUCAACUCCGA